UUCGUGAUUGUGAUCUGUGCCCUUAUGGAUGCUCAGUAUAUGUCACAAUCCCCUUCUCUGGAUGACAAUUUAUUGGCAUCUAUUGACCAAUCUCUUUCGACCUUUCAUCAAAACAAAGAUGUUAUCAUGACAUUGGGUGCACAGACUGGUACAAAGAAGAUGAUUGACAAUUGGCAUAUACCUAAGCUAGAGCUAAUGGAGAGCAUCAGCGCCAGCAUACAUAAAGUUGGAGCCCUCAUCCAGUGGUCUGCGGAUGCCACUGAACAUGCGCAGAUGUCCAAAAUCAAAGAACCUGCACAACAAACCAACAAUAACAAUUAUGAUCCUCAGAUUUGCUGUCAUUUAGAUCAACAGGAAAAGCUGCAGCGAUUUGUGAUUGCUAUGAUGUUGAAG